UCGUCCAAAAGCAGGAAAAUACAGAUAGAACGCCAGUUCGUAUUUAAUUUUUAUCGUGUUUUUUUUCUCUGUUUAAUAAAUUGGUAAUUCACUUCUUCCAUAUCCCUUUCUUGCACUCAUUGUUCUCUUCUCCAGCAAAACUCCAGUUUCUCUCGGCUGCUCUACCCUAAUCUAGAUCUCUGAAGAUGACUAACCAGGCCGAGUCAUCUGACUCAAAAGGUGCGAAGAAGGAUUUCUCUACCGCGAUUUUGGAGAGGAAGAAGUCUCCUAAUCGGCUUGUUGUUGAUGAGGCGGUCAACGAUGAUAACUCUGUUGUUGCACUGCACCCUGCUACUAUGGAGAAGCUACAGCUCUUCCGUGGAGAUACAAUUCUCAUCAAGGGAAAGAAAAGGAAGGAUACAGUUGUCAUUGCACUUGCCGAUGAAACAUGCGAUGAGCCGAAGAUUAGGAUGAACAAGGUUGUCCGUUCAAAUUUGAGGGUCCGUCUUGGAGAUGUUGUGUCUGUGCACCAAUGCCCAGAUGUUAAGUAUGGGAAGCGUGUCCACAUACUUCCUAUAGAUGAUACAAUAGAAGGUCUCACUGGGGAUUUGUUUGAUGCGUUUCUGAAACCUUACUUUUUGGAAGCAUAUCGUCCUUUGAGGAAAGGAGACAAUUUCCUUGUUAGAGGAGGGAUGAGAAGUGUGGAAUUCAAAGUCAUUGAGACUGACCCAGGGGAGUAUUGUGUUGUUGCUCCAGACACUGAAAUCUUUUGUGAGGGGGAGCCUGUUAAAAGGGAGGACGAGGAGAGACUGGACGAAGUUGGCUAUGAUGACGUUGGUGGUGUGAGAAAACAGAUGGCUCAGAUUCGUGAACUGGUGGAAUUACCAUUGAGGCAUCCUCAACUUUUCAAAUCCAUUGGUGUGAAACCACCAAAGGGGAUUUUACUUUAUGGACCCCCUGGUUCUGGGAAGACCCUGAUAGCCAGAGCAGUGGCUAAUGAAACAGGUGCAUUUUUCUUUUGCAUUAAUGGACCAGAAAUCAUGUCCAAAUUGGCUGGUGAGAGUGAAAGCAAUCUCAGGAAGGCAUUCGAAGAGGCAGAAAAAAAUGCUCCAUCUAUUAUAUUCAUUGAUGAGAUUGAUUCAAUUGCUCCCAAGCGAGAGAAGACACAUGGUGAAGUUGAGAGAAGGAUUGUUUCACAGCUCCUGACACUGAUGGAUGGACUGAAAUCUCGUGCUCAUGUCAUAGUUAUGGGAGCUACCAAUCGUCCUAACAGCAUUGAUCCUGCUCUCAGAAGGUUUGGUAGGUUUGAUAGGGAAAUUGACAUUGGUGUUCCUGAUGAAAUUGGACGUCUUGAAGUUCUUCGUAUUCAUACCAAGAAUAUGAAGCUUGCAGAAGAAGUUGAUUUGGAAAGAAUAUCAAAAGAUACACAUGGUUAUGUCGGUGCAGAUCUUGCUGCUCUUUGCACUGAAGCUGCACUUCAGUGCAUUCGAGAGAAAAUGGAUGUCAUUGAUCUGGAAGAUGAUUCCAUUGAUGCUGAAAUAUUGAAUUCAAUGGCUGUCACAAAUGAGCACUUCCAAACUGCUCUAGGAACAAGCAAUCCAUCUGCAUUGCGUGAAACAGUUGUUGAAGUGCCUAAUGUCUCGUGGGAAGAUAUUGGAGGUCUUGAAAAUGUCAAAAGAGAGCUUCAAGAGACUGUUCAAUACCCAGUGGAGCAUCCGGAGAAGUUCGAGAAAUUUGGUAUGUCACCUUCAAAAGGUGUUCUUUUCUAUGGUCCUCCAGGAUGUGGGAAAACUCUUCUUGCCAAGGCAAUUGCAAAUGAGUGUCAAGCCAAUUUCAUUAGUAUCAAAGGACCUGAGCUGCUUACCAUGUGGUUUGGAGAGAGUGAGGCCAAUGUCCGUGAAAUUUUUGACAAGGCUAGACAAUCUGCACCCUGUGUCCUCUUCUUUGAUGAGCUCGACUCUAUUGCCACUCAGAGGGGAAGCAGUAGUGGUGAUGCUGGUGGAGCAGCUGAUCGGGUUCUGAACCAACUUCUGACUGAAAUGGAUGGCAUGAAUGCAAAGAAAACUGUUUUUAUUAUUGGGGCCACAAACAGGCCUGAUAUUAUUGACCCUGCACUUCUGCGACCUGGUCGACUUGACCAGUUAAUUUAUAUCCCACUGCCAGAUGAAGACUCACGCCAUCAGAUUUUCAAGGCAUGUCUUAGAAAAUCUCCCCUAUCAAAAGAUAUUGAUUUGAGAGCUCUUGCCAAGUAUACUCAGGGAUUUAGUGGAGCUGAUAUCACUGAGAUCUGUCAACGGGCAUGCAAAUAUGCCAUAAGAGAGAACAUUGAGAAAGAUAUAGAAAAGGAAAAGAGGCGAGCAGAGAAUCCUGAUUCUAUGGAUGAGGAUGCUGAUGAUGAGAUAUCAGAGAUUAAGCCUGCUCAUUUUGAGGAGUCCAUGAAGUAUGCACGACGAAGUGUGAGUGAUGCCGAUAUUCGUAAAUACCAGGCAUUUGCUCAGACCUUACAGCAAUCUCGAGGUUUUGGAACUGAAUUUCGGUUUUCUGAGACCAGUGGUGGGGCUGCUGCAUCUGACCCCUUCACAACUUCUAAUGCUGGAGCUGAUGAUGAUGACUUGUAUAGCUAAAGUUAUGGACUAUCCUGUUAUUUUGCUGCGACAUUUUUCUUUUCCGUUGUUGCUAUAGAGUUUCCUAAACAAAAAUGUCUUUGAACUAUUACUUUGUUUCUGGAAAUCUGUAACGCUACACGCCCAACUGUUGGUUUAUUUUGCCCACUCUUUAAUGUUGUUAUCUUGAGGUGUUCUGUGACAUUUUAAAGAAACCUCAAUAGCUUCGCUAAUACAGUGGACCUUGGUUAUUUAUUCUCUUC